GAUUUUGGCCGCUUGUCAAGGCUUCCCCAGGUUCCAGCGACGACAGGCACCCCACGUCGAACAUGGAGGGCGAUAGCAACAUCCUCGAGAGGCUGCUGCACGAUAUAUCCCGACGACCAUCCGUGCCGACAAUCCCAGCUCAUAUGGUGUCGGUCGAAGAGAGUUUCAAGGCCACGCCUCAGUUGAAGCGCACGGCCAACUUAUUGUUGAGCUCGUCCUUUCAUUGCGAGAAGAGUGCAAGCGCCAACCUCAUCUUGAAACUCCUGGACACUUUCCUCCAAGCGGACUCGGCCUUUUUUGCAGUCAUGGCCGAGCGCAUUCUUGCCCAAGUCCAGACUUUCCAGCAUUCGUUCGCGUCGGCUCGCGUCCUUGCGAUUCGUUUUCUGUCCCGCUUGAUUCACCACGACGCUCAAGCAUCACGCUCGCACUUGAAAAAGUUGAUCCUCGCACAAUUCGCAAUCCUCGAGUCGACCUCCGACACAGACAACGCUCGACUCAAGCGAGGCGGACAAAAGUCGAUUCUGCAGCUGAUCAAGAGCGUCCCGAUGCUGUUUGACUUAUACUUCGACGCAGUCACCGCAACACCGACGGCCGCCGAAAGCUCUUCGUUCCAGACGCGAUUCCACUUGGCCAAGUUGUUCAUCGACGUACGUGGGACCGUUUAUCGAUUUGGGACUUCCUGGCUAAGCAUGAUCACCCUUCUAGACCUUUGCCACGACGCUGUCUGUUGCCCAGCGACUUCGAUUGCUUACGAGCUUCACGUUCUGGACACUGGAGGCCAAGCUCCGACCUACCGACGCCCAGUUGCUGUCUUAUGCGGCCUUCGUCGCCACCGUGUCAGCUGAGGAGUUUGCGAGUGUGGUGGAACCAGUGCUGGGUCGCCUGCUCAAGCGCUCGCCCGACUCGCUGCUUCAAGCCGUCCGUGUGAUGACGCAGCACCUCACCGUGGACCUCGGCCAGUAUCUCGAGCCUAUUUUCGUACCGAUCUUCACCGCGAAACUGCGAUCGCAAAAGGACGACGUUCGAAUGAGCUGCAUUGGCCUCGUGGACGCGGUGCUGGCUCGAUGUGCCGACAUUGGCCAUGUCAAAGCGGUCUUGACAGAAGUGCUUGGCGUGCUGGAAGGCAAGCAUGGCAUCCUGGCUCAAUUUUACCAACGCGAAGCUGUAUUUACCACUUUGUACAAUGCUUCACUGCACGCAUCGUCGUGGGACAUUGCCGACAGCAAAGAAUUGGCGUCGCUUUUGCUUCCCAGUCUAGUCCAAGCGUCUGCAAAAGAGGCCAACGAAUCGACGCGGUACAUCGGCCUCCAAACCGUCAGCAAAUGGCUCGCGAUUUUGAACCCCGCGACGCUGCCGGCCAACAUCUCGGCCUUUUUCACGGCGGGACUGCAGAACAAGGUCGAGAGCGCCGUUGUCGCCCAUGCGAGCGCGUUGCUGACUCUCCGCGAACAACUCAGUGCUGCCCUCGCAAGCGACGCUUCGAUCCUCCGCGAAUUGGUCCGUCUGGUGGAAAAUGCAAACAAAAAACCCAACGUUCUGCACUUGGAUGGUGUAAUCGCAUUGACCGUGCUGGCAUCGUUGAAUGAAAACCACCGCUCAGCUGUCGAAGCGGUCAUCGACGUGCGUUGUGCGGUCGUUCAAGACAGCUUUUUCCCCACGUCUGCGCUGCUCUUGCUCCAAGCGAGCAGCGUGCCUGCAUCUGGUGGAGUCAACUCGCCAGAGGUGGCCGUGUUGCAGGUGCUUCCUCAGACCAUCACGUCCAUUCUCUCUAAAAACGCGCCGCCGUCGACCCACCGUCUUUUCAACCUCCUCAUCACCGGUAUCAAUCACUCGAGCACAGCCGUGCGUGCGACCUUCCAAGACAAAAUGUCAAAGUUCGUCGCGACCGAAACGUGGUCAUGCGUGCAUUUCCUCGACGCGUUCACACAAGGGCUGUUGGAACUGAACGACCUCAAGAUCGUAUCCCCGGAAGACAACGUUCCGGACAAGUCGGUCGGCACGUCCAUGGCAGGAGUGCUUCGAAAGAACUUGCGUACCAUCGUGCCUGAGACGGUGUACGAACGCGACGUCAUAGUCGACGUCUUUCCUCGCCUUUUGAUCUUGGCCCAUCACCCGUUGCUCGUCUUCGGCGCGCACGAAGCCAAGUUCAGCCGCGAGUGGAAUUUUAUCAAGUUAAGAUUUGUGGAAGACGUGGGCGAAGAGAUGACCGUGUCCGACGCCGUCGACGACCUUUUUGAAUUUGUCCCGGGCCUCAGGGAUGCCACGAUUGCCGCGAUUUCAUCCAACUUGUAUUCCACCGUCCCCAACACCCGGAUUAGUGCCCACCGCGCUGUUGUGACGCUGCUCAACUUUGCCGGGAACGGCCUCGGUGAAAACUUGAUCCUCCAUGGGCUUCUCAAAGACCAAGUGGCUCGCCGCCUCUGCUUGGAAGACAUCACGGCCAUCACAAACGAAGACGUGGCCAUCUACCACACCCCCGACGACGAGCUGUACGUGGCUAAGAAAGCUGACGACGCUUCCGCGAGCGUCCGCGAACACGGCACAGCCGACGAGCGAUGGGAGCAGCAAGUUCGCGCCGAAAUUGAACGAAAGCGGGGCUUGGGUGGGAAAGCAGAGAGCAAGAAGAAGCUGACGAAAGAAGAAGUGGAGUUGCUCAACCACCAGAAACAAGUGCGUCAGCGUGUUGGGGCGAUCUAUACGGUAGUCGAUCGCAUUGACUCGCUCUUGUCGUUUUUGUCGGCCACGUCUCCCGAUGAGAUUCAACCUGCUCUCCCGUACUUGAUCCAGCCGUGCCUCGCCCUCCUCCGCAACCCGUUGUUGUCCGAACUCGCCCAGUCGAGUCUUCGCAGCAUCUGCCGUUGCGUGGUGCCGACGCACGUACGAGUGUUUUCCAACCAACUUGCCAAGGCUUUGGAACUCGCGUAUUUGGUGCAUGGACGGCCGGACGACUUGAAAACUCUGACGGCGUCCAAGGACUUGUUUGAGCGCUUGAUCAAGGCGCUGGUGAACGCCGUGUUUGGCUACGAAAUGGAUUCAGAAACGGACUUUGACCUGGACGGCGAAUACACGCUGUUGCCACCGUCAACGCUGCACCUUGUGUUUCCGAUCCUGUCCGUCUUUUUGGAAAAGACGACGUUGUUCAAGCAAUUCGUCCUGCCGCUCUUCUCUGUGCAUGCGAAGAUGAUCAAAGAAGAAGACGAGAUGGAAGUCGGCGACGUGGCGGCGCAGCGAUUGCUGCGCCGAUCUAUGAUUGAGCUCAACCUUUCAUGGCUCUCGCGAGUGGAAAACGAUGGGUGGAUUGCCGCGGCCCAAGUUCUCGCCCAACUCACCGCUGGCGCCCCUCUUUCCGUCGACGAAUACGGACCAUUGCUGGGCGAUACAGGACUUCUCUCGCCCAAGACUCACUCGCGACGUGCGACGCUCCACGCAAUUCUGCAGGCAGACGCGGAUAUCUCGGACGCUCCCGAACCCGCGUUUACCAGCGCCAUCUUCAUGGCUUGCUUCGACAAGGACGAAGACAAUCGUGAAGUGGCGAAACAGAUUUGGGCCGCGUUGUCGCUGGAGCUGACUGAUGACAUCACUGAGCCGUUGCGAAAUCUCCUGAGUCACCCGACCGCGUGCAUUCGAGAGAGUGCAGGCGCCGCAUUGGCGAAUGGUCUGAAGCAACAUCGUGACUUGAUCCGUUCUGUAUUGGACCAGGUCAAGACCCAGUUCGUCAACAGCGUGCCGGUUCAGUCGGAAACGAGUCAAUUCGAUUCGUUCGGUAUCCCGAUCCUUCGUCGCAACAACGACGUCGUGGUGGAAGCGCAAUCGACGGUGCUGUCCCGACUUGGCGUUGGGAUCUUGUUUGAGCACUGCGCGCUCGAGAACAUUUUGUCCCCUUCAGGCGUUAUGGACGUUGUGUCGUUCAUCGUCGAGCGCGGUCUGGGCGACCCCCACUCGGAUGUACGACACCACAUGCGCAAAGCAGGAAUCCAAGUGAUUGCGACGUACGGCGCGGCCAACAUUUCCGGUCUCGUGGCAAUCUUGGAAAAGCCGUACGCAUCGCCAGGAACGUCACCGCAAGAUAUCGCGUCGUUCGACCACCAAAAGGAAGGGAUCGUGGUGUUUUUGGGAUCGUUGGCGAGGCACAUGGACAAAACGGAUCCGAAGGUCGCGACCAUCGUCCAGCGCUUGCUCGACAGUCUCAAAAUUCCCUCGGAACCUGUCCAACGCGCGAUUGCACUGUGCUUGUCGCCGUUGAUUCCAGCGGUGAAGGACCAGAGCACAGACAUUCUAGACAACCUGUUGGCCGACGCCACCCAAGGUGAAACGUACGGCGACCGCAUGGGCGCUGCAUUCGGUGUGUCUGCCGUUGUCAAGGGUCUUGGGAUUGCUGCGUUGAAGCAGCACUCUAUUAUUCCCCGCCUGGAAGACGCAAUGAAGAACUCCAACGCCAACUCGCGCCAAGGUGCGCUGACCGUGAUCGAGUGUUUGUGCGAACGUCUCGGGUUUUUAUUUGAGCCGUACGUGAUUGUGAUUCUCCCGAUCCUGCUCAAGUCGUUUGCCGACACAAACGCGAGUGUCCGAGAAGCCGCGAGUCUGACGUCAAAGGGCAUCAUGAAGAAUCUGUCGGCCCACGGGGUGAAGCUCGUGCUGCCGUCGAUUUUGCGAGCUGUCGACGACUCGCAGUGGCGCACCAAACAAGCGGCCAUCCAGUUGCUCGGCGCCAUGGCCUUCUGCGCCCCCAAGCAACUAGGGUCGUGCUUGCCGCAGAUCAUUCCCAAAUUGACCGAGUCCUUGUCCGAUUCGCACCCUCGAGUCAAGGAGGCGGGCCACACGGCCAUGCACGACAUUGCCCACGUCAUUCGAAACCCUGAAGUGUCUUCGAUUUCGUCGGUGCUUUUGGCUGGCAUUCAAGACCCGAACAAGAAAACGAACGAUGCACUGCAGGCCCUGCAGUCGAUGGUGUUUGUCCAUUCGAUCGACGCCCCGUCCAUGGCGCUCAUCAUGCCCAUUUUGCAACGUGGUCUCACCGAUCGUCUGUCCGACACAAAGAAGAAGGCUGCCUUGAUUGUCGGCAACAUGUGCUCGAUGGUGAACGAUGCCAAAGACUUGGUGCCGUACCUCGAUACGAUUGCGCCUUGCCUCCUCUCGCAGCUGCUGGACCCGAUUCCCGAAGUCCGAACGGUGGCGUCGAAAGCGUUGGGGAUGCUCGUCAAGGGCCUCGGCCAAAGCCAUUUCCCCACACUCGUCCCGUCGUUGCUGAGUGCGAUGAAAGCGGAGAGCUCCUCUGUGGAACGGUCUGGAUCGGCGCAAGGGCUGUGCGAAGUCCUUGUCGCUCUUGGUCUGGAACAGUUGGACGCAUUUGUCAAAGACGAAGUAUUCCCCAUCGCCCGCCAUCCAAAGUCCGCCGUGCGCGAAGGUGUGCUGUGGGUGAUUGCGUUUUUACCCCCUGCGCUGGGCCAAGUCUUUUCCAGAUAUCUUACGCGAGUGCUUCCCAUGGUCGUCGCCGGGUUGUCCGACGAAGUUGACAGCGUCCGUGACGUAGCCAUGCACGCCGGAUCGAUUGUUGUGACGGCGCAUGCGCUCACCCACACCAAGGACAUAUUGCCUUCGCUGGAAGCUGGAAUCUUCGACGACAACUGGCGCAUUCGCCAGAGCUCGAUCUCGCUCUUGGGCGACCUCUUGUACCGCAUCAGCGGCACCAGUGGGAACAAAGUCGCGUAUGCCCACACUGCGGACAGCGACGAUGAAGACGAUGAAAGCAUCAGCAGUGCCGCCGGCGAGCGAGCCAUUCUUCGCGUGCUCGGCAAGACCCGUCGUGACAUGGUGCUGUCCUUGCUAUACAUGGUCCGAUCCGACGCCACAGCCAUCGUGCGCCAAGCGUCGCUGGGUGUGUGGAAGAGUGUGGUCUCCAACACACCCAAGACGCUUCGCUCGAUCUUGGAAACGCUCAUGAACACGAUUGUCGACGCGCUGGCAGGGGACAACCAUGAAAAACAAGCUGUCGCUGGUCGCACUCUUGGUGAAAUCGUGCGAAAAUUGGGCGAACGUGUCCUGCCGGAAGUCGUCCCGAUCCUUCGAUCCGGCCUCGCGCCCACCAACUCGGACGGGAUGCGACAAGGUGUCUGCCUUGGUCUGUCCGAAGUCAUUGGGAGUUCGUCCAAAAAGCAGCUGGAAGAUUUUGUCGACACCGUCGUCGAUGCGCUUGAAGAAGCGUUGUGCGACUUCACUCCCGAAGUGCGCAGCGCCGCCGGCCAAGCGUUCAACGUGUUUCACAAGUGCAUGGGCUACCGCUCCAUUGACGAAGUCGUCCCGCGUAUGCUGAAACGUGUCCAAAAUAGUGAGGGUGACGCACAAGUGCGAGCGCUGUCUGGCUUGCAAGAAGUCUUGCGCGUCAAAUCUCGCGAAGUGUUGCCGUACUUGAUUCCUCGACUUCUCACGACGCCGCUGACACAAGCCCACGUCCGCGCGAUUGCCCACAUCGCGACUGUAAGUGGCCACGUUAUUCAUUACCACAUCGACCGCAUCAUGGGCGUCCUCUUCACCGAAUAUGUCACGUUUGCCGGGAACGACGUGAUGCUCAGCGCGAUCAAAUCGACGCUGCAGGCCGUCGUGCUGAGCGUAGAGGACCAAGGGGUUCAAUGGCUGUCGAGCGAAAUGUGCAAGUUCUGCGAAAGCGACAUUGUUGGCACGCGGUAUUUGGCUUGCUGGUUGAUCUCUGCAUUCUGCGAAGCCACGACGGCCAACUACACGGAGCAAGUGCCGACGUUCAUUCGGUACAUCCUCCACCGCUUCAACGACGCGGACGCGGCGGUCGUCCAAGCCGCAUCGCACUGUUUCAACAGCCUCAACACAACGAUCCGCCCCGAAGAACUCGCAAAGCACAUUGACUUUAUUCGCAACAACCUCAACUCGAUGGUGAGCGAUGCCCGCCAUCGAAAGGGCGGCGUGGGCUCGGGCGAGUUCUUGCUGCCGGGGCUGACCAUCCCCAAAGGGUUGGACCCGUUCAUGCCUGCGUAUCAGUAUGCCCUCAUGAACGGCACCCCCGAAGCUCGGCAGGGCGCCGCGGCUGGCCUUGGUGAACUUGUGCUGCUCUCCAACGACGUGUGCCUGAAAUCCGUCCUGAUCAAGCUGACCGGUCCCCUCAUUCGUAUUGCCGGGGAUCGAUUCCCGCCGCAUGUCAAGUCCGCGAUCCUGUCGACGCUCGAGAUUCUGCUCGUCAAGGGGGGUGCAUCGUUGAAGCCGUUUUUGCCUCAACUGCAAACGACGUUUGUCAAGGCUCUCGUCGACCCCAGCGGAGAAGUCCGCACACGAGGCGGCUUUGCGCUGGCGCAACUGGUCCAGUAUUCUCCCCGCGUGGAUCCGCUCGUGUCGGAAUUACUCGACAAACUGAGCACGACGACCGGCGGUGUCAAGGAAGCCAUUUUGAACGCCAUAUUUUCGACUGUGUCGGUGGGCGGCAGCAAACUGUCUGUCUCGACCCUUCAAUCUCUCUACGACGCGCUUCGUGAGAGCUUGGGCAGCGACCAAGACGCGUUGCGCACGGUGGCGUGCCAAACGGUCGGUCAAAUUUUCGCCAUUUCGGCCGAAGUUGGGGCCGCCCAGUUCUCGGACUUGGUGCUCGACUCUGACAAGCUUUCGACGUGGACGACGAAGCACAGCGCGGCCUUGGUGCUCCAACAUGUACUAGCGACUUCCACCAUCGAAUGGGUCGACGGCUUGAUCUGUCCCAUUCAAGACCGCCUUAUCGUGUUGAUCGAAGACGAUACGCCCGCGGUUCGCAUCGCAGCGCUCGUCGCGACGACAUCGGCCUUGACCCGAUUCCCCGCCACAUUUGGUGCGUUUGUUCCGUCGGUAGUUGCCAGCCUCAGCGAGUCGAACAAGGACAUCCUUCGCGCCGCCCUGCGUGUGGUGAAAAAGGUCGCCAAACAAUCCCCAGCCACUUCUCGAUCGUUCUUGCAGCAGCUCGUCGCUCCCACGUUUACGCACAUCAAGAGCCCCAACAUUGGCGUCAAAUUCGCCGCCGAACGCGCGCUGCUGUACCUGCUCGAAGUCCACUCGCGCCCAGCCACGAUCACCGAAUUCGCCGCGUCGUCGGACCAAGGCAAGUUGCUCACCGAAUACGCGCGCCGUGUCCUGUCCAAGCUCCACGCAAAUAGCGACAGCGAAAAUGACGCCGCGUCGUAAAUUCGGCGAUUCGUUUUGUAGUUGCGGCCGUCGGCUAGUUUCAUAAUAAAUGCGUUGAUGUGGUUUUCA